AGGAAACGAAGUUGGAUACUCAAAGCUUCAGAGAACCGAGUCAGAGAGUCACCGGAGCUAGAGAAGACAGAUGUGGAGGGGUAGCCAGCGGCCUUCUAGUAAUACACUCCCGAAGGAUGAUGAACCAAGACACCGGCAACAGAGAGAUGGCUCAGGCGUAAGGAAGGCAAGGUUUUCUGUUUUGUAGAUUACUCCUGAACAGAUGUUGGUUGUCGUCAACUUCAUCCUACAGCUCCUUUCAGGUAUCAUUGGCCUGCUUAACUCCAAUUCUAGACCUUUGUAUUCACUGAUACUCGUGUCACUGUCAUUUGCAUCCUUUGUUCUUUGGAUCAUUGAGCUUGUGCACAGAGGGAAAAGGGAAACAGUUACCUGGAAGUGGAGGGUCAAGCUGAUACCUUUGCUUUAUUCUUCUUCAACCAACAAAUCCUUCUUCCGGGGCGCGGAUAUUGUUGGGCUGCCAUCUGCUCUUUUUACGUUCAUCAUUACAGUAGUUAAUUUUGAUCUACUGGUUCGACAUGCCAAUACCCAGAUACAAAUAACUCUGUGGCCAAUCGUUGCUGCCACUUUUCUACUAUGUUCAAAAUUUUGGGCAGAUAGAACCAACAAGGACGCAGCAGAUCUUGUUCCAUUACGUUCAAUAAUCAUCGAUAGCACUGGAUCUGAAUAUCAAAAGAGUUCCACGAUUCUUCUAGCGGUUAAAGCAUAUAUUUGCUGGGGAUGCGUUUGGUGUUCACAGAUUACCAUUGAACGGGGGUUUGCUAUUGUCAACUUCAUCUUGGAGAUCCCUUCAGCUCUACUUGACCAGCUUUCCUCUGAGCCUAAAUCUCAAUAUGCGCUGAUAUUAAUGUUGCUGUCAUUAUGUUCCUCAAUUCUUUGCAUUUUGGAGCUUUGGUACAAAGGGAAAACAGAAAGAGUUACCUGGAGCUGGAAGUGGAUCAUUGGUAAGGUGCCUUGGCCUUACCCCAACAAGCCUUUCUUCAGCUUCUGGAAUAAGGUUGGAUUGACAUCUGCUGUGGUUCAGCUCAUCCUUGCAACAGUUAAUUAUGUUUUUGUUGUUCAACACAUAGGCCAGGUCACAAUAUGUGUGUUCCCUAUCGUUUUUGGUCUCGUUGGAUCAUUUCCCAAAAUUUAUGAUGGUCAACACAAGACAGAGGGGGACGGAAACGUUGAUGAGGAAGAUGAAGUUGCCCUCAUUAAUCAAACACAGACAGAAAGUGAAGAAGAGAAAAGUGUCCUCAUCAAGAAUCAAAGUCACAGAAUGAACCAAGAGGAGCACCCAAAGGCAGAAGGAAGUGUUGUUCAAUAUGAUAAAACUACCCACUCUAAUCUAAGACAGAGAGCGAGAAAAGCGUCAGUCCCAAAGGAAAUAGAAGAGCCAUCUUGGGUUAAUGGAGCGAAGAGGUGUUCGAAUAAACUCGAAGCGGUGAAGAAGUCUUUGAACGAACUCUCUGAAAGGGCGUGUAAACUAAUGAAUAGGAAUGAGAAUGUUCUAGUACUCAAGAAAUAUUCGGCUACAGAAAAUAUAGAAAGAAUCGAACAAGGUCUGACGACUGGGGGUACUGGUGACGAUUUAAAACAAUUCAAGAGGGUGCAGAUUCUUUUGGAUAACAUCCAGAAUGAGAUUAAAAGUGAAGAGAUGAAAUUUUUAGAAAUCAAGGAGGAGAAUGAGAAUAUGCUGGAGGUGGAAUUGAAUAAACUCAAGAGGUUUUCCACAAUAGGAGAGUCAGAUCGAUAUUCACUGGCAGAAGAGUCUUUGGAUGAACUCAAGAAGAAAAAUUGGGCUGCGCUGGCGAAGAAGUCUUUGGAUGAAAUCAAGAAAGGUGAGCAGUCUCUGGAUGAAGUCAAGAAGAAAGUGGUUUCAUUCAGCGAAAAGUUUGCAUCACUGCAGAAGGCAUUGACUACCAGGAAUCGCAAUUUAGCCGGUGGUCAGAGCUUAGAGCCCUCUUUAAGGGGUUGCUAUGUUCCACCGGUCUGGAGAUCGAAUCUUCAGUUGUUAAUAGCUAAUUUAAGUUAAUUUCCUAACCAUUACUCUUAUAUAUAUAAAAAAAAAAAGGAAUUGCAAUUU